AGUCGAUAAAAUUAUUAUUUACGUCAGUCAGAAAGUUAAAACAUAUAAAUCUAAAUCUAUAUCUAGCAUGUAAAGUGGAAGUUUGAUGGUAAUAAACAGUGAUUAUCUGCGUUUAGUAAAUAAAUAAUUAGGACAAAUGCUUUGUAUUCGUAAUUUUGGGAAAAAUUGCAUCUCACGGCCUGUCAGAUUGAUUUUGAAGGCUAGUUAUUCGCGACGCAGUAACGAAAAUACAAGUACUUUUGAAAUAAUAAAAUCUAAUAAUGGAGAAUCUGUUGACGAUUUCGAUAACACUGUUUUCGGGGCGAAUCCAAACUGGGAAUUGCUCGCACCUCGGGGAUUUAGGUUUUAUUUACCGGGAAGUAUUGGCCCUGGUUGGCUAGAUGCUUCAACCAUAGCACAAGUAGAAACACAUUCGGAAAUUUUGCCCGCUGAUGAUGCAUUUUUGAAUGAAAUGGCAUCGAAUAGUAAAAGAAAUGCAAGACGACGAAGAAAAAAGAGUGAUCAUCCUAUUUUACAUUUUGUCGCCCAACAAUGUCCUAUACUUUUGAGAAAAGAAAUAUCAGAAUUGUUUCCAGGAUGUCCGGAAGUGCAUUCGCCGCAACUCACCAUAAUAAGUCUUAGUCAAAAGAUGCAUGAAAAAACAGCGAGAUGGAGUAAGGAAGAGGAAACUGAGAAGGUUGCCAAAUAUUUUGUACUGGCAGCAUCUGAUAUUUGUUUGAAACUCAAAAUGAUAGGAUAUUGGUCGGAUUUCAUUAAUCCAUUCAGUGGACAACCGUAUAAUAAUAUUCUGAAAAUUAGCCCCUUUUACAAAUCAAAUCCACGUAAACGAUGUUUGGAUUUUAAAAUUGAUCAAAAAGAUAAUUGUAAAUUAAUUUCUUAUGAUAAAAAAGCCAACAACUUUAUCGGUAACCUGUACACAACAGCGCCCUCAUCAUUUCUAAAAGAUAUAAUAUAUGAAAAAAAUGUUGAAUAAUUUUUAGCAUGCCCGAAAAUAAAUACUUUGUUAAUAGUUUCAAUGUUUAAUAUUAUAAAAUAAAUUAAAAUUUGGUCCAAGAUCAAUGAACAUAUGUACGUGACUGAAAAUUGAAACUUGUAUAAAUGUAUUCAUUUUAGUGAAGAUAAUCUGACAACAAAAUAAUUAAAUAGUUAAAACGUUAUUAAAUUAAAUAAUUGAGAAAGAUGAUUAUUGUGAUUUAGUUGUUUUCCAAUAAUCAAUAAAGUUCAAUUAUUAAAUUUAAUUAAAUUCAACUGUAAGAUAAAAUAAAACUUACGCUUCAAAAUACACUAUUUUUGUGUAAAAUAUUUAUUUAUUAUAAUUUAUCGUUUAAUAAAUAAAUCGAUAUCAAAUAA